UAUGUUUCUUUGGUAGAUCCAAAUAUCACUGUUUACUGUGGCAUCUUGCGCGAGGGUUACGAAGCAUUAGCUAUGUACUGCUUUGGAAGAUAUAUCACUGCAUGUUUAGAGUAGAUUCCGCUUGUACACUGCUUUACUUGGGGUAAUUUGGAAAGUUGGCGAGAGGUAAGGUCCUAGGGAAGCAGACUAAUAUCACAACAUAGCAACAGCGAGAACAUUGGUAGAUUGGCAUCAGGCAUUUGUUUCAAUGGGCAGUAGUGACUAUUGGUCAGCUUUCUGGGAUUGAACACCCAGCAACAGCGAGCACCAUAGAUUGUUGUACUCCUAGGCUCCUAGCAAGUAGCAACAGCAGAGCCCGCAACAUCUGCUGAGUAUCAUGGCCUCACGGUUGCUGGGAUCUUGAAGAAACGGUGCUUUUCUUGGAUCUGCUUCUGAUUCACGAUGGCCAAAGAGCUUGAAGAAACAGCGGCAGCACGGGAACUGCCCCCUGAUGCCAUAAAAAAGAACAUUGGUAUUUUGGCAUCAGGCAUCUUUGCAGCAAUUCACUUGAUCCUACAAUGGCCUGCCAAGCCCAGUGCAUAUCCAUGACUAUCCGUCUUAUUAAUGAUGGGUGGGGAAGAAAAAACGAUAGCCUUUUUGAAGAGGGAAGGCGGCUCAGAUUCUAGGCAACCCCUUUUGCAUCAUGCUUCCGAGAAAGGAAUUAUACACCAUCAUUUUCCCGUGAAUUAUAUUUUGAAACCCUGGCGAAUGGGAACGCGAUUUUACCAGAUUAUCAAAUUUGGAAUCUUCCAAUAUGUGAUUAUAAAGACACUCACAGCUAGCUUAUCUCUUUUUCUAGAAGCUUUUGGUGUAUAUUGUGAAGGUGAAUUCAAUUUACGAUGUGGAUACCCUUAUUUUGCUGCAAUCCUGAAUUUCAGUCAAUUUUGGGCCCUAUACUGUUUAGUAGAAUGGUACACAGCUACCAAGGACGAAUUGGCACAUAUAAAACCUCUGGCUAAGUUUCUUUCGUUCAAGUCAAUAGUAUUCUUGACUUGGUGGCAAGGGGUGGUGAUUGCAAUAAUGUAUUCUUUGGGCCUGCUUAGAAGUCCUUUAGCCCAGAGCUUGCAGUUAAAAUCAAGUAUUCAAGAUUUUAUUAUCUGCAUAGAGAUGGGCAUUGCGUCAGCUGUUCACCUCUAUGUGUUCCCUGCUAAACCCUAUGAGCUCUUAGUUAACCAGUCACCUGGAAACAUUUCAGUCCUUGGAGAUUACGCAUCCUCUGACCCUAUAGAUCCUGAAGAAGUCAAGGAGAGUAACCGGCCGAGCAAAAUGAAGCUUCCACAGUUCGAACCGGAUGAGAGAAGUGCAACAAACAUAAAAGAGAGUGUUCGCGACUUUGUGGUUGGCAGUGGGGAAUAUGUGAUCCAGGAUUUUAAGUUCACUGUUAACCAAGCAGUGCGACCGGUGGAGAAGCGGUUUGAUAAACUGCUGAAAAAGAAAGACAAGUAUAAGAACACCCAGGAUGACAACUGGGUGAGUGCAGCAUCGCCAGAGAGACCGGUUCGUGGCAUCGAUGAUCCGCUAUUAAGCGGGAGCACAAGUGACAGCGGGGUCUUGAAGGGCAAAAAGCAACGUAGAGUUGUCAGCACAGUUGCUACCGCGGAUAGUUGGGGAGGUGGUGAUAAGACGCCUGAUGGCUACAAGAUAAGGGGCCGCCGCUGGGCAGUGAAGAAUUGACGAUUUAACCAUGUGAAGGAUUGAUAUAUUUCAAACCAUAACACGUGAAACAAGGAAGCGGCUGGCUGUCACAGAAAUUACUGGUAACCUUCUGCAACGCUGGCCAUUUUUGUUGCCUAUGCAAGUUCACGGUGUGCUGUGUUGUAGGUAGCUGCAGCUCCUGAGUCCUGAUACGGUAGUCUCUGUGCAUAGCCUAUUAUUUCUUCUUUCCAAAAGGACUGGUAGAGGGAAUUGAUUGUUACAACUUCAAUUGGUGCUGCUCAGAAUUGAGAAGAAUCUUGUUCCGUACAAACGGGAGCCCCUCUACAACUGCCCCUUUGUUUACCGAUGUACCUAAUCUUGUGAUAUUAUUGUUCGGACAUCAUACUUCGUUACUGUAAAGAGCUGGUUGAAAUAACAAUAAAGGAAAUGUUGAUAAUGUGGUCUAUA